AGGAUCUUCUUCACGUCGGUGGUGACUGCUGCCUUCGUCAGGAGGAUCUUCUUCACGUCGGUGGUGACUGCUGCCUUCGUCAGGAGGAUCUUCUUCACGUCGGUGGUGACUGCUGCCUUCGUCAGGAAGAUCUUCUUCACUUUGGGGACGCGUCUCUGACAACAGUUUUCUUUUCCAGGAGGGUCUUCCCCUUCCGAGUGGCGUCCGCGCCUGCUUCCUUCGUCAGGAGGGUCUUCCCCUUCCGAGUGGCGUCCGCGCCUGCUUCCUUCGUCAGGCACCUCCCGCCUCACGCCUUGCUUCCUCCCGUCUCCCAGAGUCUACACACCUGCACUCUUGAGGCACCUCCCGCCUCACGCCUUGCUUCCUCCCGUCUCCCAGAGUCUACACACCUGCACUCUUGAGGCUGCUGGCGAGAGGAACUGCCGUCCCAAGCCCUCCACCAUGGCCGCCGCUCCGAAAGUUUGCGUCCGUCGCAUUAAGCUUAUCUGUCUCAUGGAGAACGCAGGCAAGGACGUCUUGACCUUCGUGUUGAAGCGCGGCGCGCUGAACGCCCCCGCCACGCCGCCGGGCCAGUCCCUCACUGACUACCUUGACAACCUCCCUCAAGGCUCGACAGCCAACUAUGGAAGGAUGAGUAAAAAACAAAAGAAAGCAGCAGUGAACCACACCGACCGCCGCCAAGCACAACGCUUCCCUUUAUGGGACAAUUUUGACGUGACUUUGCUCUGCAAAGCAAUAAAGCUGACGUGCGAAGGCCUGGCGAGAGAUGGCGAUCCCGAAUGGGGGAACCAGAACACCCUGGAGGGAUUGGUAACGAAAAUCAAGGAUGAGCGGAAUGAACUCUUUCAUGAAGUGAAAUCUUUCAGCGAGGCAGAGUACCAGCACAAAGUCAACGAGUUAGAACACCUCUUUAUCCGAGUCCUCGCCGCAGCCAAGACCAAAUACUGCAUUCCUGACGCAGAGGUGACACCCGUGCAGGACAACGCCCGGCAGGUCACUGAUACCUUCAGAAAAACAGGAAUGGAGAAAGAAAUUUUAAAAGAUUAUUUCAGUAUCAUGCACCAAGAAUUUCUGAGAGACAGUCAGACCCACCUCAAAACAUCCUAUGAUCGAGUGCAAACCUUUGAUCCUCUGUCCUUCCUUACCAACUCCCCAAAACACCACCAUCACAUCCAGGACAUUUUCUGCAAGAUGUCCCUCGUGGAAGGAAGAGGACACCUCCAACAGAGGCGAGACAUCGACACUUGCGACGUGCUGACGGUGACGCGCCGCGCGGGACAGAAUCCACAGCCGUCCACAUCCUCAUCGGCCACGCCGCCCACGCACGGCGCCAAGCCACAGCUCAUCCUGAUCAGGGGCGUGGCAGGAAGCGGCAAAACGACCCUGCUCACCUUCCUUGUCUCAGAGUGGCUUCAGGAGCCCGGCGCCUGCACCAUCAAACACCUGGACGAGUACGACAUCGUGGUGCGUGUCUUGUGCCGCGAUAAUGAAGGCCCAUCUCUCCAGAACUUCCUCAAAGUGAUCCUCCCAAACCAUUUUGCUGUGAUGGACGAACACCUCAUCCCCCUCCUACAACAAAGCAAAGUUCUCUUCCUGAUUGACGGCCUGGACGAACUGUCGCCAGGCACUCCAUCACACAGCCUUGUGAAGGACAUCCUCUACAUAUCGAAAUACUCGCCAGGCUUCACACUCGUCUGCACAUCGCGUCCCGAAACAGUGCAAGACUUCCUGGCCAAAUUACCUGAUGGUUAUGAGGUGUGGGACAUGGAGAUGAAAAGUGUUAGCCAUGAACAAAGAAUUCAUUUUGUCAUGAAGCAUUACAACAGCUUCCCAGACAAGGGGGACAAAGACCCUGAGAGGCUUGAGUACCUCAUGAAACACAUUGGCUGGAAGGAUUACCUCGGCCUGCCAUUAAAUCUAUUGUUCGUGGCAACACUUUUCUACAUCGAUCAAGACAAGAUCAAGAUCACCACCACCCAGACCAGCCUGUACGUCACCAUUCGAGACUGGUGCAUAGAAAAACUGCAGGGCAGACUCACAGAUGAUCCACGAGACACAAAGACCCGCGAGGUCCACAUCUACAAGGUAUUGGAAGACCUAUAUGACGUGUCUAUGCAGGCUAUUCUAGAAGCCCGACUCAAUCUGUCAAAACAGGAAGAGCAGAAGCUAAUUUGUUCCUGUCAUGAGAAAGGAUUACCCAGCAAGGAAGUCAUCCCAGCGUUUUUCAAUCUUCAAGAAACCAGUGACAGGCUGGGGCAUCAUCAGACGUACGCAGCCCCACACAAGAGCCUACAGGAAUUCUACGGUGCAUCAGCAAUCGUCCACAAGCUGGUGGAGGGCUCACACUCAGAAAACAUACGACGCAUGCUUCACGACCCGCCGCGCCAACAGCUCCGGAACUUGAGGAACCUGCUCCAGUACGUGGCAUGUCUCUUCUGCCACCCACAAACACCACGUCGAGUUUCAGACAUACGACGCAUGCUUCACUUCCCGCCGCCAGAACAGCUCCGGAACUUGAGGAACCUGCUGCUGCACGUGGCAGGUCUCCUCUGCCACCCUAACACACCACUUUGUGCUGCAGCCAUACAAGAGGUGGUGGACCUGCUGGCGGAGACUGGUGUGGAAGACUGUGAUGAUUGGCUGUCCAUGCUGGAGGACACUGAAGUGAACAGGACUGCCUUGGAUUGUGUUGUCAGACACAUUACAAGUGAUGAGAGUGAGAUGGUAACAAUAACAGACAGCACCAUCACCAGUGCCAGGGCCCUCCUCCCCCUCAUCCCCUCCAAGGUGGUAUGGAUAAAGCUAAGCAGGAAGGAAUCAGACGUGCAGGGGCUCAUCUUUGAACACCACAAAUACACUCAGCUGCACCUGCACCACCAAUACAGGCAUCCAGACCAAGCCACUCUCUGUGACUCCUUGCUGCGUGCCAUGCCCAGGUGGGUCUGUCUGUCUGUGUGUGUCUGUUUGUUUGUUUGUUUGUUUGUUUGUUUAGUUAGUACCUGCACACACACACACACACACACACACACACACACACACACACACACACACACACACACACACACACACACACACACACACACACAACACACACACACACACACACACACACACACACACACACACACACACACAAACACACACACACACACAGCGUUAUCAUUAUGAUAGUCAUUCUUUUCACAAGUAUUAUCAUAAUUACUACAAUUAACAUUGUCAUGACCAUCAGUGCCACCAUCACAACAGUCAUCAAUGCAUUAUUGUUGUCACCAUCAACAAAACUGAAGUAAAGCCUAACCAUUCAUUAACAACUACAACUGUGUUCAAAUAACCAACCCUCUGGAAUGUUUGUUACCUUUGACUGUAGCACAGAAUGUGACCGUGACUGUCAGGACGGUGAAGAUGAUGAUAGUGAUGACGAUAGUGAUGAUGAUGGU